AUGGGCGGCCUGCUCGGCAGCCAGUCGCUCGGCUUCACGGCGCUCGGCGUCGGCCCGGGCCUGGCGCUGACGGCGCAGGCCCAGCCCCACCAGCAGCAGCACGACGACAACCGCCACGGCGGCCAGGGACCAGGUCAACAGCUCGUUCAUCUUUCGGGCACUCGGGCGACGACAAAGGCGCCCAUCAUCGCGCCACCACGUGUCAGCGGAGAGAAGUCAGGCGACAAGGGGCGCGAAGGGGCGGCGUUUGUCACGCCGCAGCGGGGUGGCGGCUCAGCGCUGGGGCGGCGGCAACUGGCUGGCGACGCGCGUAGGCAGGUCGGUGUCGUCACCGUCGCCGCUGAUGGCCAGCGUCAGCACGACCGCCAGCACCGACACGACGAGCGUGGCGGAGAACUUGAAGCGGGCGGACGUGACCAUGCCGUCAUGCCACGGAAAAGACUGAAGUCCGUCUUGAAAUCGUCAUUUGUUGCAUCACAGCGUAUUGGAGAGGACAUCACGACGUUUUUAAUCCGUAGGCCUGGGUUUUAA